AAGAGAUGGAUAUACAAGAAUUAAAAGAUCAUGUCUCAAAAUUGAGAGGCGUUAUUGAAAGUAAACAAAAGGAAACACUGGACAUAUUUUACAAUGAAAUACAUUUUUCCGAACUAUUAAGUAACGAUGAAUAUUUCAGAGUUACACCAUCAUAUACUACUGAAACUAAGCCAGCAUUGUCUUUUAGAGGUUCAAUACAAAAGCAUGAUCCAGAGAAACUAACUGUGGAACUUGAAUAUGUUCCCUUGUCUAAAGAACACAUUAUCUUUUGUGUCAAUUGGAAUUUUUCGGUCUAUAAUGAGCAAACGGACACAUAUUUACAUUUGGCAUCGUCAGAAACUGACAUCACUGCUAAUAACCUAACAUCUAGAAUUAGCUUUCCACUCUUAGCCACUAAAACUUUUAUGAAUAAAAAUACCGCAUUGUUCAAAUGGAAUAUUACAUUUUGGCCAUUAACAAUAUGUCAAGAUAAGUUUAAAUCUGACAUAGGUAAUUAUGAGUUGUAUGAUGAAGAUAAUUUUAAAAAGGCUUUAGAUAAUAUAUUUAAAACAUUCUCCUCUAGUGACGAUAACAGUGAAACUAAGAAAAAGGAGGAAUUGUUAUUAAUUAAGGACGCCUUAAACGAGUGCGAAUAUGAACAAAAAAUGAAUGUAGAAAGAUUACAGAUCAUAGAGCAGAACGUCUUUGAAAUAAACAGUAGACUUUCUGGUAUCCUGAGUAAAAAGGUAGAUCUACCACAAACAUCUUGUGUUAAGGAAGUAACCCAAUUAACACAUUCGUCACCGAAUACUUGUCAAACAGAGCUAAAAUCUAAACAUACAAAGAAUAAUUGCAAAGCAACUCGAUUCACACCUUCUCCAUCGACUGCGAAAAGUAAUAAACAAAAGCAACUAAAGUUAAAAAGAAAAAGGACUUUGAAAGAUGAUCGCUAUUUCAAGGCAAAAAGAGCUGAGAGGUUUCCUAUAGAAGAGAGACAAAAAAAUAAGAAGCAAAACAUGAUGUGGGAACCACCACUUUUUACGAAUUUCAAUGUAUCAGAGCCUAGUAAAAUCCAAAGUAAACGAGAAAUGGAGUUAAAGCAUACAGAUACUACGGAUAUAACUUCCUUUGAGCUUCUUGAAAAAGAAAGGAAACAAGAUAUUUUGAGCCAAACAAACAAAACUCUAACUUCUUUAAAGUUUUAUCAAAAUCCAAGGCUCCCCAUGCAGCAGACAGAUGUUUCUUUCCAGUCCAAUUUCGGCUUACAAAGUGAGCUAGAGUCAGCUGCAUCAAUUUUUUCUACAAUUAAUUCUAGCUAUAAUAUAAGUGAAGAAAUGAAAGAAAAAACAGAUCAGAUACUCUCAUUGCUACAACAAUGCUUCAGUAUUUUAGAAACGGAACGAAAAAUGAAAGAGGAAAAAGAACCAAUAGGAAUUGAAAAGAAAGAAGCGAAUCAAGUGCCUAAGUAUAUGGAACUUUUUAGCUUAAAACCUAUAAAUUCUGAUUGAAAAACACAUUAAAUAAAGACAAACAUCUGCUAUGUAAUAGCAUUAUCACAGCAGAAAAAAUAUAAAUUAAUAAAGAUUACAAAAUAAAGCUUGAUCCAGUGACUGUUUAGGUAAAUUUUAGAAAAAAAUAAUAUUGAUAAAAUUUUAAUUUUUACAUUAUCGUCUCAAUUUUAAUACGAACGAAUCAUUAUAUAUAUAUAUAUAUAUUGUUACGUCUUUAUAUUGGAUGCGACUCUUUAGACAUGAAAACGACAAAUCACAGUUUAUAAAAUACUUUAAUCUUUAUUAACACUGAAAACACUUUCUUGUUCAUAGUCCUCCAUUUCGGUUCUCCUUUUCUUUCAACACGCAAUCGCACCAUUUCACAUUCACACUAAGAUGCGCACGUAACACCCCCCCUGUUUAACAAGUUCGAUGUACAUCGAACGUCCAAAAUACAAAUCACUAAAUAUAUUAUCAGACUAUUCCAAGUUAAACAAAAAUCGGUAACAUAUAAAACCAUAAUGUAAUAACUAAACAAACUCAAACACAAUGUCAUGUUAAUACCAAUACAAUUCCAACAUGGAAUAACAAUUAUAUUCAUCACAAUAAUAACUGUUAUUACGAGCAAUUGAAACCACUUCUGUUAACAUAUAUCUUUAAGUAAUCAUAUUUCUAUUAAUACAACUCGCCACUCAUAAUUUUAUGCCUGUACAAACACCAUCAUUCCAGUCGCAAUCAAAUUGUUAACAAACAAGGUCUAUCUUGCUCCAUGUAUAUUGUAGCCUCCACAACAUGACCCAGUUUAUAACUAACAACACAUAAUUAAAUACAUUGUGCAACAUCUACGUAUCUACUUUCCAGUAUUUAUACUCUUUUACAUUUCCUAUGUAGCCUUUACAAACUUCUAUAAUGUAGUAUCCUUAACCUAUAUGUAUAUGUAACUACAAUAUUUACUUCAUUACACAUAUAUUUAUUCAUUGUAGAAUAGAACAAUAAUUAGUGUCCAUCAGUCCUACCUUUUCUAAUCAUAUCUAUAUAAUUCUAACAUUAUUGACAUGCCAUCCUUUCCGCUUCCCUCCUUUGCAAUGAUGUCCCAUUGUGAUCCUACUACCGAAUGAUCUAGCUGUACUGUUUUCUAGGCUGCUAAUAUCCCUCUCUUUUCUCGUAUACGCCUCUCCACUAUCGUACCUUGAUUCCUUAAUUCUAAUUAACUGUUGACACUGUCUUCUAAUAUGCCCCCUUCUCCCACAAUUAAAGCAUAAGAUGUAUGGAUUUGUACGUCUAUAUGUGGGUUUAAAUCGCUUUCCCUGUACCACUGAUUGCCUUACUUUACUUUGAUUUGGACCCAUUCCUAUUGCAUUGCUUUCUACCUUAUCUGUUAAUUCUUUCUUCUCGUGCUCUCUGCUACCCAUGUCAUCUGAUGUAUGAGAUCUUAUGUCUUCUUCCACAUCCCCAUUUCUACCUCGCGUAAACUUUAUCCCAUAAUAUUUCUUCCAAUUCUCAAUCUCCCUUGCUGAACAUAUUUUCACCCCAUGAAUAUUCCCAAUAAUUAAAUCUAUCUCACCCUGAUCUACAACACAAGCUUCCACAGUCCCCUUAAAAUACGGUGUGUCUAUACUAACUUUAGCAAUCGGUAAUUGUACAAUAUUCCCAUUAAACAUAACACACUUCCUAGAUUCGCCUGUAUAUUCAUGGUCUUCCACUAAAUCCUUAUUCACUCCAAUAAUAGUGCUCCCUGUAUCCCUGAUGGUCUUGGCUGCCUUGUUCCCUACGAAUGUCUGAAAAAUCUCCAAUGUUCCAGUAUCAGAUGACAAUGAUAAGCCUUGCUCUAUUCUACCUUUCUCCCAGUCCUUUCUUUCCUGUCUGUUUCCUUGAUAUCUUCCGUUGCGGCUAUCAUUUUGUCUUUCAUAUGUGCCACUUCUAUACUGUCUAUCCUGUGUCUCCCUUGUUCUGUGAGAGUUAUUCUGUGUCUCACAUGUUCUGUUAAAGGCAACUAUUUCUUCUAUAUCACUGCCUCUAGAUAAUUUCUUCUCAGGAUGAGCCACUUUAUAAGCCCUUAUCAGUCUUACUAUGUCUUCUAUGGAUUUCGGUUUCCUCUCCAACAGAAAUAUUUUUAAUUCCUCCUGACACUCGUACAUCACUUUGUCCAGCAUGAGAAAUGCCUUUAGACUGUCAAAGGUUUUUUCUACCUCAGCAGUUUCUAUCCAGUUAUCGAAAUGGCUGCUCAUUUUGUCCAAGAAGGUCUGCGGGUCAUCCUCUGGUUCUAUCUCACAAUUAACAAAUUGUUGGCGAUAGAAAGCUUCUGUUUUCCUGAAAGUUCGAAGUAGUUGUUCUUUCACAAUGCUGUAGUUACCCUGGUUCAUACAUAUUUUUGAAGGCACCUCCGCUGUAAAUGAUCUCGACAAUAAGAAUGUCCAUUUGUCUUCAGGGUACUCCAGUUCUCUCAUUUCUAUUUCGAACUUCUUCAAAAAAAUGUCUAUGUCCAUUUUGUCUUCGUUGAAUAUCAAACCUUUAUAUUUUGCCAGUUUAUUCCCUGUAGAGUCACUCUUUCUUUUAUCAUUCUCUUUUCCUUGGUCUGUUUUUAACUUUUUCUCUGCUGUCUCUCUUUUCAAACGCUAAUCUUUCUCUUUCAAUGGCGACUAAUUCGUUUUUCUUCUCCUUUUCAAUGGCUAUCUUUUCUCUUUCUCUUUUGUCCUCCUUGUCUAAUCUUUCCUUUUCUUUUUCUCUUUCUCUUUUGUCCUCCAUGUCUAAUCUCUCCUUUUCUUUUUCUCUUUCCAUUGCUAAUCUCUCCCUCUCCAUCAACCUUUCUUGUACGUACUUUCUUAGUUCUGCCCCUUCAAGCUCCAACAACCUUCCCUCUUCUUUCAACGCUGCUACCUCAGCCUUGUCCGCCAUUUUCUAUUAAUAUUAAUCAAAUUGAAUAGUAUCCUGUCACUAUAUAAUAUGAUAUCUCUACUGUCUGUUGACAGGAGAUCAACUGUGUAUAAAGGACUACGUAGGUUUUACCUUUGCGUUGGGCGCCACUUGUUACGUCUUUAUAUUGAAUGCGACUCUUUAGACAUGAAAACGACAAAUCACAGUUUAUAAAAUACUUUAAUCUUUAUUAACACUGAAAACACUUUCUUGUUCAAAGUCCUCCAUUUCGGUUCUCCUUUUCUUUCAACACGCAAUCGCACCAUUUCACAUUCACACUAAGAUGCGCACGUAACAUAUAUAUAUAUAUAUAUAUAUAUAUAUAUAUAUAUAUAUAUAUAUAUAUAUAUAUAUAUAUAUAUAUAUAUAUAUAUAUAUAUAUAAGUAUAGUCAUUGUUUUAAUUACAUAUGUUAAUUUGUAACUUUCAAUUUUAUAACAACAUUUUCAAAAUUUAUAAACCUUUAUUUUAGUUAUUUAUUUUUCUAUUUUUUUCCAUAUGCAGUAAUGUAAAUAAUAAUUUUAAAUGAUAUUAUGGUAUAUAUAUAUAUAUAUAUAUAUAUAUAUAUAUACUAAAUGUAAUAUAUGCUGUUCUGUUUCUUUAAAAUAUUUAGAGCUUCUUAUUCAAACAUGCAUUCUAAUUUGUCUGAAAUAUUAUAACAAGUGUAUAUAUUCAAAUUUUUACAUCGGAUCUCAAUUCUCUUUUUGUUGUACUUUUCAUGGCGAGUUAAUUGAAUACCCUUAAUCAUCCAACAACUACUAGUUUUAAUUAUGCUUUCAAAGGUUAUAUAUGUCUAUUUAUUUUUAGAUAGAUGAAAAUUCAUUCUUUCAAUAUAAAUAUUCAAUACAUCAGUUGGCUGUGACCUAAUUCUAGAAGUUCAAACAAAAUCCAUUAAACUAUAAAAAUCGUGCAUUAUAACGUGGUAAUUACUACUGAAACAAUUUCCUGUCUUCCAAACUAAUAAAAUCGAUGACAUCAAUUUUAGAUUGGGACGGAAAGUAAAGAACAUUUCUAUUUAUGAAAGAUAUGGUUACAAGUAUAAAUAGAAGAACAUUGAGUGAGUCGUAGUGUUAGUAGGUUUCAAACUCAAAAUGUGAAAUAAAAUCAAUUGAAAAUAGUUGUAGUCAUUCAUUCGCCUUAUUUAUUAAUUCCGCAGACUCAUGAUUUGCUUUUUGAAAUAUUUUCAUUUAUUUGGAUUUAUGAACGAAUAUCGAGUAUAUUAUCUAGGUAUGUUAUACAAUGAAUAUUAUUAAAGUGUUAUAAGUAAAUA